AUGUACUUAAUUCUUAAAGCAUUUAUUUUGUUUCAGAAGUAUUGCAAAAAUAAAAACUUGCUUAACAUAUUUUAGAUAAGUCCAAGCUCAAAAUUUAAUAAGUUCCUAAUAAUUGAUACUACACAACAGUUUGAACUGGAGUUAAAAGAAUUAUAGUAAUAAAAGCCUGUUAUAAUAUAAACUAUGGCGAAAUAUAAUGAAAAAUUUUUUAAUAAAUCUAAUCUAUAUAGAAUGCAUAUAUGGCUUUGGCAAAAAAAUUGAAAGAAGCAAAUUAAACAAAUUUCCAGCUAAAAUAUAUCCAUCAUAUUGAAUUUGAAAAUCGACCAAACGCGUAAGAAUAAAUUAAAAUGAAUACUAUCAUCUUUUGCCUUGUGGAUUUGGAUUUAAUAGAUUUAAUCUGA